CCGCCGGCUCCGGCUGGGGCAGCGGCGUCGGGACCGCGCUCCCCGGGCAGGUCAUGAACGGGCCGGCGGACGGCGAAGUGGACUACAAGAAGAAAUACCGGAACCUGAAGCGGAAGCUCAAGUUCCUCAUCUACGAACACGAGUGCUUCCAGGAGGAACUGAGGAAGGCACAGAGGAAAUUGCUGAAGGUGUCCCGCGACAAGAGCUUCCUCUUGGACCGACUUCUGCAGUACGAGAACGUGGAUGAAGACUCUUCUGACUCAGAUGCCACUGCGUCCUCAGAUAACAGCGAGACAGAGGGGACACCCAAGUUGUCGGACACACCAGCCCCGAAGAGGAAGAGAAGCCCUCCGCUGGGGGGCGCCCCCUCCCCCUCCAGCCUCUCCCUGCCUCCUUCGACAGGGUUUCCCCUUCAGGCCUCCGGGGCCCCCUCCCCAUACCUGAGCUCGCUGGCUUCCCCCCCCUACCCCCCAUUCCCUUCUGACUGCCUGGCCCUGCAGCUGCCCGAGCCCAGCCCCCUGAGGCCCAAGCGGGAGAAACGGCCCCGCCUGCCCCGGAAACUCAAGAUGGCCGUGGGGCCUCCCGACUGCCCCGUGGGAGGCCCGCUGACUUUCCCAGGCCGGGGGGCUGGGGCUGGGGUGGGGGCAUCCCUGGCCCCCCUGCCCCCCCCCAAAAUGCCCCCUCCCACGAUCCUGAGCUCCGUCCCUCAGCAGAUGUUCAGCGAUGCCGGCAGCGGGGAUGAUGCCCUGGAUGGGGAUGACGACCUGGUGAUUGACAUCCCGGAGUGAGGCCAAGAGCACAGCUUCUGCAGAGACGUUUAUUCAUUUAUUGAUGCCCAGUUGCCAUGCUACGGCCACUGACACAAUCAGAAAAGGCGUAAACAUGCACUGAUGUCCCCGGGAGGUGACCCUCACCAGGGGACAGGGGCCCUGUGCUCCCAUCCCGGCCCCAUCGGGACAGUACUUGGAGUGGCCGGGAGCAUCUGUCCCCUUGAGAGGGACAGAGACCUCGUGGUGGCCCCUGUAGAGGGCAGCUGUACAGGGCGAGGUGUUCUUAAUGAAGAUUCGCUAUUAAAGGAGUGGCUCCGG